UAUUAGUGCGUAAUAACAAACGUUGAAGUUCCAACGGCCAUGUUCCAAUCCAGUUUCAAUUCCAAUUCCAACUCAAACGUGUCUUUGGGAUCAGGUUCUGAGGUAAUUCUUGUGGCUGGAGCCUGUAAUGGCCCUUGGUGACGCGCGCAUACGCCAAACCCCUCCCGGUGGCACCGCGCGCUCAGCGCUGGACAUCCCAGUGUCCCUCAGUCACUGCUGGCAGACUUACAAUGAUCGUGCGCCGCUAGGGGACCGCGCGCCUUUCUCAUCAGGUCAAGGAGACACCCGCGGAGACUGAAUAUUCAUUUGGAGAGCUCCAGUGCUCUAGAGACGCGAUGGAGACCUCCAGCAGCGUGCCAAACACCGCCGCGCUCACGCGACUUCUGAACUUCACAGAGGACCCAGCCAGCUUCUCGAAGAAGCCUCCCAUGGCAGAGUUGCGCGUCACAGAUGAGCCGCUGUCUCUGGUGCUCAGCAGCUUCAGGACUGAUGUGGCUCCAGCGGGGCUCCUGGCGGGUCCAUUCUCGCCCUCUGAAGAGCCCACUCACCUGAUUGUGGCUUUCUGGGAUUCUCCAUUGAGUCACUGGAUUAAUGUGUUUGUUGGCUUGGUCCUGUGCUUCACCAUGCUGGGGCUGGGCUGCACGGUGGAGCUCAGUCAGCUGGGCGAGCACAUCCGAAAGCCCAUAGGAGUCCUGCUGGCGGUGCUGUGCCAGUUUGUCCUGAUGCCCCUCAUCGCCUUCCUCCUGGCACUGGCCUUCUCCCUCAAGGAUGUGGCCGCUAUGGCUGUGCUGCUUUGCGGCUGCUGCCCAGGAGGAAACCUCUCCAACAUCAUGUCACUGCUGGUCAACGGCGAGAUGAACCUCAGCAUCGUCAUGACCAUCUCGUCCACUGUCCUGGCGCUCGUGCUCAUGCCGCUGUGUUUGUGGAUAUACAGUCGCGCUUGGAUCAACACACCCGUGGUCAACCUUCUGCCCUUCGGCGCGAUCAUUCUCACUCUCUGCAGCACACUCAUUCCCAUCGGGCUCGGGGUCUGGCUCAGACAGCGCUAUCCUCGAGUGGCAGAAAUCAUCAUUAAGGUGUCUCUGUGGUCUCUCCUGGUCACUCUGCUGAUGCUCUUCAUCAUGACUGGAACCAUGCUGGGCCCGGAGCUGCUGGCCACCAUCCCUGCCUCCAUCUACCUGGUGGCCGUGCUCAUGCCCAUGUCCGGCUACGCUGCAGGAUACGGCCUGGCCACGCUCUUCGACCUGCCCCCCAACAGUCGGAGGACUGUGUCUCUGGAAACCGGAUGUCAGAACGUGCAGCUCUGCACAGCCAUCCUGAAGCUGGCGUUCCCCCCGCACCUGAUGGGAGGCAUGUAUAUGUUUCCUCUGCUGUACGCACUCUUUCAGGCAGCAGAGGCUGGCAUCUUCAUUCUGGUUUACCGCAUGUACAGGACAGAGGUACUACAUAAACAGGACCUCAUGCAGGAUGAUGAUGAUGAUGAUGAUACAAACAUAUCCUACAAGAGAAUGAAAGAAGAAGAUGUACCAUUUGAUUCUAUGUAUGGUGCGGUAACAGUGAGCGAUCCCAAUGUCAUUGUGCUUGAGUCACAGGAUGGUGCUGGAAGCCCCACGCCUGUAUAAGGGGACAAAAACAACCCACUUGAGACUCACUAUAGACACAGGACCUGCAUAUUUAGGAUUUAUUCAUGUCAUCAGUCACUAUUGAAUUUAUGACUAAUUACUCACAGCAUUCUCACUAAUAUGUGCCAAAAAGGAUUGCAAGACUGUGAAAUUGGAAACUAAUAUCAUCAUGACAUCACACAGUGGCGAUACUGAAUUUGAAUAUCCCGAGCCAAUAUUUGAAAUCUUUAUCUAAACACACUAGCCAGAUAUUACGAUUCAAUAGCAUUUUCUGAAUUAGCAUAAAAUAUAAGCAAAAUUCAAAAACAAAUACACAUGCUGCACAUUUAUUAAUAAAAAAAUAUAUAAAAAAAACGAAUAACACCAUAUUUUAGACAAAGAUAAUUAUAAUAUUAAAUAGAUAAUUCUAUAUAAUUCUUAAAUGAUAUACUAUGAAUAUAUAUAUAUAUAUAUAUAUAUACAUACACACACACAAAGAGAGAGAGGUUUAUGUCUAGUAAAUUAUAUAUUUUUAGUUCAGAGAAUUCAUUCAUUCAUUUAAAUAAUGUAUAAGACAUUUUCAGAGUGUCAUGGAUGUAUGCAAAUCCACCAUUAAUAUAGAUUGAUGCUGCUGUUUUAAUGAAUCCUGCUAUUACCCCAGUAAAAGGAUUACAUUGGCUUAUUUGAUUAUGUGGACCCAGAGGAUGAGAAGACUGAUUCACAUCCCACGCCUUAUACUGCACAUCACCCACUGUCAGUUUGUUUCUGGUUCCAAAACAAGACAAAAUAUGUUUUUUGAGAUUAUUGCUUCAAAAAUAGUGGAAUUUUACUGCUUGAUAUGACCGAUACCAAAGGCUACAACCACAUGUCAGCGUCAGAUCAAAUGUAGUUUUGGAAAACUAGAAAAGCCAUACGGCAAUAAACAUAGACUUUAUUUAAAACAAGGUUUAUUCUAGAAAAUUGAUUAUGUUCUAGUUUCCUUCUGAAAAUAUCUAAAUACAGAAUCCAUCUCUGUAAUCGAAAUGAAAAUAUUGUAGCCUACAUGUUUAUCAGAAUAUAAGAAAAUGCCUGCAAGAUGAAUAAAUGUUUACAGCAAGCAUCUAAUAUUAUUAUUUUUGUUCUUCCAAUAUCACUGCCAGACUCUGGUUUGAAAAUUAUUUUAUAUA